GCUGGAAAUUUUCUACAGAAAUUUGAUAUUCAGAUUUCACGUGCAGCUGUGAGAUCCAUCACCAAACAAGAUUUUUUCUCACGUUCCAGUUUCCGGUGGGAUUCCAUUUCAAAGACGGAUUGAGAAACCCUAAUUUUCAAGUUCACCACUCGGUUUCUAUUCACGAUGGGUAAAUCCCGUCGGAAUAGGGCCAAAGGCAGCCAGCGCCCUAAUCCGAUUACUAAACCCGUGAAGCCACUCUCCGACCCUGAAUUAAUAGCGAUAAGAGAAAAAAGCAUCUUGCCCGUCAUAAAGGAUCUUCAGAGCACAGAACCAAAAUCCCGGACUACUGCCGCUAGAGCUAUCUCCAACAUAGUACAGGACCCCAAAUGUAGAAAGCUACUUCUACGAGAAAAGAUUGUUCAUAUUAUCCUCACCGAGACGUUGACUGAUACAAGCCUAGAGGGUCGAGCUGCUGGAUGGGAGAUUCUCCGCGUUCUCGUUGCCGAGGAAGAGCAGGAUUUCUGUAUUCACUUAUACCGAGUGGAUAUUAUGACUGCUAUUCAACAUGCCUGUAAAAACUUAAGCCAUACCCUCACGAGAGAAGAUCCUCCGUUCAGCAGGAGUUCAAGAGCUGAGCAGCUUUUCGUCUGGAACAUUGCCGAGUCGCUCACAGCGAUCAUCACAGCUCUAGCUGAAGCCCAGGAUGAAGCUCUCGAUGCGGCGGUGUCUUCACAGCCGAUCGUUCAUUUUCUUUUCCUUUUGGUUGUUCUCGAUAAAACAAUUGCGCCAGUCAUAAACAAUGUUCUAUCGUGUAUGAUAACGUUAUCCGAAGACAACCAGCAAUUUGCAGAGGCGAUCCUUUCCGGCACCGAAUUCAUACAGGUUUACAAUCGCCUGUUUAGAUUUAGGACUGGUAACGAUUACAAGGCUGUCUUAGCCUGUGCCGUUCUACACAACGCAUAUUCUGGGGCGCAAUGGAAUGAUCGUAACCUCGGAAAGGAUGGUGCCUGCGAUGCUGUCCUUAUUCCCAUGCUUGCUCAGACGCUUGAGCACACUCGGUUGAACAUGAGAGCGGCUAAUGGCCACGGCUCAUCAAAUCCAGCCGAGAUUCUGCAGUUGGCUCUGGAAGUACUGGCAUCAAUCGGCACUACUCUUCAGGAGACUCUAGAGAAAGGUGGACGUGGAAAAAAAGAGAAAAAGGGGGAGACUGAUGAUAAGGACAUCGCCAUGGAUGGUGGCGAUGACGAGCAACUUUCUGAUAAUGUAUCGGGCGACGAGGAUGAUGAGAUGGAUGAAGACGAAAUGGAGGCAGAUAUGGAGAUGGUCACCGGGGUAGACGACCACGACGAUGAAAUUGAAGGCUUAGACGACUUGCCUACCUUGAAAGAGCUUAUCCAUAAAGCAAUCCCGGAACUGGUUAAAUUAAUCCAAUCCUGCGACGGCAACGACGAGAUCUCGAAGUAUAUUCUCAACCACGCUGUCACUGCUUUAAAUAACAUCUCUUGGACAGUAAGCUGUCUAGAUUUCUCCGACAAAUCGAAUACAGCGAUAUCUCGCGCCUGGACACCUGUGGCGCAGAAGAUUUGGGAACAGAUAAUAGCGCCGGUUCUUUCGAACGACACAAGCGACGUACAGCUUGCGACUACCGUGACCAGCCUUGCAUGGGCCAUUGCAAGAACUCUGCAUGGUCAGAAGUUCCUCAGUGGAGAUGAACACAAGAAAUUUAUAUCACUCUAUCACGCAUCCAAAGGCCUGAACGAGAACCACGAAGAUCCAUUCCAAGGCCUGGGCGUCAAAUGCAUUGGAGUGUUAGGGCAACUCGCACUUGCGGCACCUGUGGCGUUGAACCGAGAGAUAGGCAUAUUCCUUCUCACAGUCGUCAAAGGACUACCUGAGACUUCAGCUGCAGAUGCUGUAGAGGCCUUGAACCAAUUAUUCGACAUAUAUGGCGACGAAAGUAAUGAAUGCGAUAAGGAGGUCUUCUGGAAGGACAACUUCCUGCAACAUCUUGGGGAAGCCGCGCCGAAAGUGAAGGCUAUGGUGAAAACAGUCGAUAAGAGACAAUCGGGCGAAUUGCGGGUGCGUGCUGAGGAAGCGAAUUUGAAUCUUUCUAGAUUCAUACCGUAUAAGCAGAAACGCAAACCCUGAAAAAUGAGAUACUGCUAAGCUCGGCGGACUUAGAUACCUAGAUAGUAAAAUGUACAGGUCUACGAAUUGAGAGUGAUUGUUCCUAAAGCCUUUAGUUGUCGAUAUUUAGGGAGGGGAAUGGCGGUGGGGGCUGAGAUAGAUCCGUGGACAGUCGCUUAUCAAGGUCCUUUAAGACGAAGGCUAGGAGGGGUUUCCUCCUCUUCGCUUCGUUUUGCUACGAUAGGUCUGCUGUGUGCAGUCAUCACAUGCCGUGGAGAAAGAACACGCAACCACCACAUAAUACACUCACCUUAAAUACUCUGUCCCCUUUUGGCAUGGU